UUCAGAAUUUUUGAAGCUUUUUGUUUGUGGUGGUGAUCGCGUGGUAGUCAGUUGUGAAAUAUUAGCCUUACUUAAGAAAAUUUCGUAAACGUAUACGGGGUGAAAUUUAGUGAUAUAGUGAAUGGAAAAAUAGCGUAGGAAGAUGGAUUUUUCGGGGAAGGAAAUCCGAAAACAAAACCCUAAAGAAAAGGCGAAUAUAUUUUCGCUUUUAACAUUUAUAUAUACCAGGAAAAUUUUUGGUAAAGCUCUAAAGAAUGACUUGGAAGAAGAGGAUCUGUACGAGGUCUUGAAAAGUAUGAACUCGGACAAAUGCGGAGAAAAAAUUGAGAAUCAAUGGAAGACCGAACAUUUAAAGGAAACGCCGUCCUUUGCACGAAUGGUGUGGUCAAGGUUUGGAAUGAAAUACGCGUUCAUAGGAUUUUUACUUUUUAGUCACAAAAUUUUUAAUCUCGCUGUAGAACCUUUCUCCAUGAGCAGCCUGGUGGCCUGUUACAAAACCCACAACACUUGCACCCAAACCGACCUCUACAUCUACGCUGCUACCGUAGUGGGCAUCAACGUUUUCAACUGCUUCUUCUGGCACAACUACAUCAUCUACGUCCAAGAGUUUGCGAUCAAGAUCAGAACGUCGUUCUGCUCUUUGGUCUACAGGAAGGCUCUGAAACUCACUCCAUCUGCUAUGAACGAGAUCAGUUUGGGGAAUAUCGUGACUUUGAUAACAAAAGACGUGCAUGUUUUUGAGGAAUCGAUUUGGUUGUUCAACGAUAUGUGGAUCGGGAUUGUGUCUUCCACGUUCAUCUGUUAUUUGCUUAUUAAUAAGAUGGGAUGGAUUGCUUUAAUAGGAAUAUCAUUUUUGAUUGUCGUUAUUCCUUUACAAAUUUUCAUCGGAAAAUGGAUUACCACUCUUCGUUUGAGAAUUGGCAAGAAAACGGACGAAAGAUUACAAAUCACUCAGGAAAUACUGUCAUCCAUCCGAAUUAUAAAGCUGUACACCUGGGAGAAGUUCUUCAACAACGAAGUCAACGACAAAAGAAAGAAAGAAGUAAAUAUAAUGCAAAUCACCUUCUACCUCAAGUCAGUACUUGUUUGUCUAGGUAUUCUAGCCUCCAGGCUAGGGUUUUAUAUCCUCAUUGUUGCGUACGUUUGGUUAGGAUACAUACCAGACGCCCAACUAGUUUAUUACGUUUUCACGUUAUUCAACCAACUAAGGUGGUUACUAGGAGUUUCGAUUCCAAUGGGAAUGGGCCGGGCUGCUGAACUUCUGGCCGCAAUCUAUCGAAUUAACCGAGUUUUGAAAGCAGAAGAGCUCCAAAAAGAAAAUGACCAUUAUGACCCCACAGUCAAACCGAAACUUUUAUUACAAAAUGCAACUGUAACCAUUAAUACUAGACUUGCUUUACAAGACGUUUCUUUAGCAAUAGAUUCGGGAUUAAACAUCGUUACAGGGCCUGUAGGCUCUGGAAAGAGUUCUUUAUUGAAAGCUUUCCUUCAAGAUUAUCCUCUAGAAAGUGGAAGUAUCAGCACAAUUGGGAGAAUUUCAUACGCGUCUCAAGAUCCCUGGCUGUUUCCAUCUUCAAUCAAGCAAAACAUUCUUUUUGGUGAAAAGUAUAACAAGACUAGGUACGAGGAAGUGGUUAAAGUCUGUGCUUUAACGUACGAUCUAAAUAUUCUAGACAAAGGUGAUCAAACCAUUGUAGCUGACAACGGUAUAAAUCUUAGCAAAGGUCAGCAAGCUAGGGUUAACCUAGCCAGAGCAAUUUACAAAGAAAGCGAAAUUUAUCUGUUAGAUGACUCCUUAACCGCCUUGGAUGCGCAUGUGCAAGACUUCAUUUUUGAGGAAUGUAUAAAGAAAUUCUUGAGAGACAAAAUUGUGGUGUUGGUGACUCAAACAGUGCACCACAUUGCUGAUUGUGAUAAUGUAAUUAUUAUGGAGCAUUCAAAGAUAAAGUCAUCAGGAAGUCCUACUAGAAUUUCUAUGGAGGAACUUACGCAACUGAUAGGUAGUGAUGACGAAAUGGAAAAAGAAGUUAUAGAGGAAUCGAAUGAAAGUACUGAUACAAAAGAGGAAAAGAAAGAUGAAAGCGAUAAGUUGCUGGAGACUGAACAAACGACGAAAAGGAAAAUAUAUCACGAGGAGAAGAAGAAAGGCGAUGUUAGUUUUAGGAUAUAUUGGAAGUAUUUUACAUAUGGAGGUGGGCUAUGUUUGAUAUCAGUUAUUGCUGUAAUUUUCAUAGUGGCGCAAGGUACUGAAACGUACGGUGAGAAACUAAUCGCAAUGUGGAUUGAUUCUCAACAAUUAGAAGUAGAUCUUAAACAGGAAAACCAAACUGACACUCAACAAUUUGAAGAUGCCGUAGCCAAUAAGAACUUUUACAUAAAAUUGUAUUCGGCAAUGAUCGGCUCCUCUAUCAUUCUGUUGCUGGUUAGAGCAUAUAUGUUGUUUGAUUUUUGUCGCAGGGCAUCCAUUAAGUUGCACAAAGUGAUGUCCACGACCGUAAUCAACGCUAUUAUGUCUUUUUUCGACACUCACUUUAUUGGAAAUGUAUUGAACAGGUUCUCGCAGGAUCUAAUUAAUAUUGACGAGUUUCUUCCUCAUACUAUUUCAGAAGCAAUGAGGGUAACUAUAUCAAUAGCUGGAAUCGUGGUUAAUGUUUCUCUAAUCUAUUGGCAUUUCCUAAUACCGGCAUCGGUAUUAUUUGUGCUUACCUUUGUGGUUAGGAGAAUUUAUAUGCCAACUGGACGUAGCUUGAAGCGACUUGAAGCAGCAACUAGGAGUCCAUUAGUAGGCCAUCUAAACGCAUCUUUGGAAGGUUUGACUACCAUAAGGGCUUACAAGGCAGAAGACAUUUUAAAAGAAGAGUUUGACAGACACCAAGAUUUAUAUACAUCAGCACAUUAUAUGCUGAUAUGCACUAUGAGAGCUUUUGGAUUCUCCUUAGAUUUCUUAUGUUCCAUCCUAAUUGCUUUGGUUAUUUCCAGAUUUGUCUUUUUCGACAAUGGUGCCAGUGCCGGAAACGUCGGCUUGGUUAUAUCGCAAGUCUUCAUGUUGGCUGGCAAUGUCCAGUGGGGUGUACGGCAAUGGGCUGACCUAGAAAACCAAAUGACUUCAGUCGAAAGAGCAUUAGAAUACACCGAAAUCAAACAAGAGAAGAAGGAAGGCAGCAAGAUCGAUAACUGGCCAACCGAAGGCCAAAUUAGAUACGAAAAUGUUUCUUUGUCGUACGGUAACAAAGAAAAUGUCUUGAAAAAUUUAAACUUUGUUGUUGAACCAACUCAGAAAAUUGGAAUUUGCGGUCGAACAGGCGCAGGAAAAUCAUCCAUCAUUUCAUCGUUGUUUCGUUUAUAUGAAGUUAAAGGAAAAAUACUUAUUGACGGUAUCAAUAUUAAGCAUUUAUCAAUUGAGUUCUUAAGACAAUCUGUCGCCAUUAUUCCUCAAGAUCCCGUUUUGUUCACCGGCACUGUCAGAAGUAACAUUGAUCCGUAUCACAUCUAUUCCGACGAAGAAAUUUGGAAAUUACUUGACAAGGUCCAUUUGAAAGGAAGUAUACUUACUCUAUCCAUGCCUAUUAACGAAAAUGCUCCAGCUUUGAGUUCUGGACAAAGACAAUUGAUUUGUUUAGCCAGGGCGAUCAUUCGGAGAAAUAGAAUCGUUGUUCUUGACGAAGCUACUGCCAAUAUGGAUCCUAAAACCGAUGCCAUGCUGCACGAUGCUAUUAAAGAAAAUUUUGCUGGCUGUACCAUAAUAUCCAUCGCACAUAGACUACACACUAUUAUCGAUUCGGAUAAAAUUAUGGUGUUGGAUAGAGGAGAAAUUAAGGAAUUUGAUUCACCAGCAAAGUUACUGGCUAAUAAAGAUGGGAUGUUUUACAAGAUGGUUGAACAAGCUGGGUUAACGCAUCACUUAAAGGGCUGAAUGUAUAAAAGAUAUAUUUUAAGAAAGUUUUCAAUUUUUUUAUUGUUAUGGAAUAUUUAUUAUCGGUAGAUAUUACAUUAAUAUUUUUUAGAUGUAAAUAAAAUGUAUAUUUGUUA